GCUUCCCACUGCAAAACCGUCUGAACCGGCGUGAUGCUCCACCGGCGGCACCCUCUCCCCGCCCUGCUCCGCCUCUUCUCCACCACCUGCCGCCGCCGCUCCCGCCUUCCCUCGCAGCCGCAUCCCCCGAACACCGACACCCUCCCGCCGCGGCCUGUGGCGAAGAAAGUCCCCUUCACCGUGUCGGCGCACGGGAGGUCGUGGAGCGACCCCUACCACUGGAUGCGCGACACCUCCGACCCCGACUUCGCCGCCCUCCUCGCCGCCGAGAACGCCUACGCAGACGCCUUCGUUGGUGCUGCCGGAGGCGGCGGCCUCCGCGCGCGCCUCGCUGCCGAGAUGCGCGCCCGGCUGGCCCCUUCCGCCGUUUCCCCGCCUCAGCCCUGGGGCCCUUGGUCAUAUUACCAGUAUGUGCCAAACGGAAUGGAGUACCCAGUUUUGUCCAGAAAGCUGAGGUCCUCUGGUGGUUUAGCAGGACGUUUCCUUAGUUAUCUUUCUGACUGGGAGAAGGAAGAAGUGUUGCUUGACUGGAAUGAGAUUGCAGAGAAAUUUGGUUAUGUUCACAUUGGGAGUUGUCGAAUAUCUCCCAAUCAUAGGUUUCUUGCAUAUACUCUCGAUACAUCUGGGGGUGAACUGUUUUCGCUGGAAGUGAAAGAUCUUCAGUCUAAGCAUGUCAUUUUUAGUCCGCCAGACAAGGGAAUUGUCAGUUUAGCAUGGGCUCACGACAGUGAAAAUUUACUUUAUACUGUCUGUGAUGAGACUCUACGUCCCAAUCAGGUUUUCUGUAAAAAGAUGCAGUCAGAUGAGGCCGGCCUUUUAGUUUUCAUGGAGGAUGAUGUUUAUGUGAUGGAAUCUGGUAAUGUAAGAGAAGGCUUAUGGCCUGUACAAAAACGCACCAACAAAGUACAGUACUUUUUGGAGCAUCAUAAUGGGUUUUUCUAUAUUCUUACUAAUGCACCCUUGAAAGAUACUGAAACUGCAGUUGAAGGCUACUACCUGGCCAGGUGUAGAGCUGAAAAAUCACUGAUGGAUAAAUGGCAGGUUGUGGCACUCCCUGGGCCGGACUGCACGUUUCAGGAUAUGGAUAUUUUUCACGAACAUUUAGUUCUCUUUCUUCAAAAAGAUGGGCUUCCUCUGUUUUGCUCCAUCGAUUUGCCAGUCCAGAUCGACUUUCAGGAGCCAAAGGAAUUGGGUGAUUUCGCUCCAUGGUUUUUCCCAAUACCUUCAAAUUUAUGCAGCAUUCUUCCUGGGCCCAACAAUGAUUUCAUGUCAUCUACUUUUCGUCUGGUGGUGUCAUCACCAGUGAUUCCUGACUUAACUGUGGAUUAUGACAUGAGAAAGAAGACAUUUACUAUCGUUGAUCAAGAGGAAGUGACUGGCCUUUGUUCAAGUAUAUACACAGUAGGACAAUCCAAUGUUUCAAGCAUCCAACAAAAUCUGCAGCUUAUUGAAGAUUCACAAAGUUGGAGUGAUCUUUCCAAGUUAUUAUCUUGUGAGAGGGUCCAAGUUGUUUCGCAUGAUGGUGUCUCGAUACCUUUAGUGAUCCUGUAUUCACGGGAAGCUCAUAUUCAUGGAGAAUCGCCUGGGAUCUUAUAUGGAUAUGGAGCUUAUGGAGAAGAUCUGGAUAAAAGCUGGUGUUCUGACAGGCUUAGUCUGCUUGCUCGAGGUUGGGUUCUUGCAUUUGCUGAUGUUAGGGGUGGAGGGGAUCCGUCAUGGCAUAUAGCAGGCACCAAAAUCAACAAGAUAAAUUCAAUUCAAGAUUUUGCGGCAUGUGGUAUGCAUCUUAUCAAGGAAGGUUUUGUGCAUGAAAGUCGUCUUUGUGCUAUGGGCUCCAGUGCUGGUGGUUUGCUGGUUGGGGCGGUCGUUAAUAUGCUGCCAAAUUUAUUCUCUGCUGCAGUUCUCAAGGUCCCCUUUCUUGAUAUCUGCAAUACAAUGUUGGAUCCUACGUUACCUCUCACCAUCUUGGACUACGAAGAAUUUGGUGACCCUAAUAUCCCAGUUGAAUUUGACGCAAUCCGGAGUUAUUCUCCUUAUGACAACUUAUCUCCGGGCAAAUGUUACCCCUCAAUUCUGGUGACUGCCUCUUUUAAUGAUACAAGGGUAGGAGUCUGGGAAGCUGCCAAGUGGGUUUCGAAAGUGAGAGAUGUCACGUGCCCAUCCUGUUCCAAGUCUGUUGUGCUCAAAACUAAUAUGCAGAGUGGCCAUUUUGGUGAGGGUGGACGCUUCAUGCGGUGCGAGGAGACAGCCUUCGAGUACGCAUUUCUAAUGAAGGCAUUGGGGAUGGAUGAUAUGUCUGCGAAAUGCAGUAGUAGUUGCUGCUCGAGUGCAGCGCAUUAUUGGGAUUCAUUGUUGGAAGAGAUUCAAGUGGGGAGAUGGGAGAUAGAGAACACCAGAGGUAACAAGAACCAAGUUUAUGGACCACCUAGCAACGUUAUGGAGAGACUUGUUAAUGUUCAUUAUAUGAACAAGGAGGCAUUCUUGACUAACAAUGCCGACACGAGCGAGGAACCAAUGGUUUUUGAUACAAGCCCUAGCUAUGAGAAGGUUGUUACAAAGAUGUAUACAAGGAAAAAGUUACCCAAUCAGAAGACAAGUCACUUGAACUGUUUGCCACCAAGUGUGCCUCUUUUUGUGGUUAAUGCCCCCAAUGCUUAUCGCCAACCACGUCCCCAACGACCAACUAAUGAAGUAAAUGAGGUUGAGUUGUAUGCCCCCGAUGCUUCUAGCCAAGUAAAUGAAGUUGAGGUGAUUGCUACUGACAAAGUAAUUCAGGAGGAUGGUGAUGCUCAUGAUGACGAUGAUGAGCUAGAGGAAGGGUUUCAUGGUAAUGAUGUUGGUGACUUGGAUGCCUACGUAGUGCAAAAGAACAUGGAUCGUGAGUUACCUUUUAUUCGUCUAUAUGGGUAUUACUCAUAUGAUGAAGGUCCGGAGGAAGAAUUGGACGAGGAUGGAUUCACUAAGGCUGAAAACCAGAUUUACUUUGAGUUGAUGGGCUUAGAAAAAAAGACCUCACUUGUUUCAAGAUCUCAGCCUUGCCCAUAA